CACGAAAUACCAACAAAUACUUAACACCGCCAACAAGUUUGAGCAGAUUGUUCGUGAAAUUGGCAAGGGAAGGUGAAUAAAGGAUUCAAAGGUUUACGCACAUUUAAAAAGUUCAUCCCAUUCACAGAGCGCACGUAGACAACUUCCCUACACCCAAGACAAAAAUGUCACUGUGGAGAAAGAUCCUGUUGGUUUAUAUGCUCGCCCACCAACUACCGAACACGUUGAACGGGGAAAUUGUGGGUAGGUAUUAACUUAUUUCUUACAUUAACACUAUUCUAUUGACUAAAAAUAAUCAUUUAUUUACAGUAUGUUGCCCAGUAUCCGGACACUUCAGUUUAACAUUGCAAUAACUUCCCUCUGUUGAUUUGUUACAUGUUAGUCGAAAGAAUUCUGAAAUUUGGCCCAGAGAAAAUCUAUUCAGUCCUUAAUAUGACGAAAGACAAUUUAACUUUUUUGCCUUUGUUUCCAUCGCGAAAUUUAUGUUUUUGCAGAGCUCCUAUGUUGUCCAGUAUCCGGACAGCCGGCCCAGUAUCCAGCCACAACUAACAACGUAAUUACUUUCGACAGGCAAGCGACUUAUAAGCUUCUCUUGCACAUGCAAAGUAGUCUGGCAAUCUAUUCCAAAAAUACGGAUGCUUUCGGCAUGUCCACGGAUGCCUUCCUUAAAUCAGUGAAAAAGUUCCCAGACAAGGAAGUAAGAAUUGUACCAUUUAACAGCCUCUCGAGUUCCCCACCAUACCCCAGUCAUUUUUUGUUUUAUUCCACGAUGCUAAGUUAUAUUUUUGGAAUCGAUUGCCAGACUACUUUGCAAGUGCAAGAGAAGCUUGUAAGUCGCUUGCCUGUCGAAAGUAAUUACGUUGUUAUUGUUGUGGCCGGAUACUGGGCCGGCUUAGUUCCGGUGCAAUUGAAGCACAUUCCCUUUUGCGCCAGAAAUUUCUUCCUUUCCUCCAAGGUGGUCGCGCGAGUACACGUAGACGAAACAUGAUCUCCAUUCUUACAGUAAACACGCGCGCGAGAUUUUCGUUCCUCUGCGUGGUAAAAGCAAGACUUGCCCUUAGGGACGUUGUUGCUCUUUCUCCCACUGAAUUGAUGUCUCUCCAUUUCUUUAGAGCUAAAACCAGACGAGGUAAAUACCAGUCUUGCCACCCUGCUUCACCUCCACAGGAUCGGCUUUAAUCCCUUUUAGUUUUUUUGAGGACGCGCAUUGACAUUCCAUUCACUCGCUCCAAUUUGCCCAGUGGGAGUUUCCAGCGAUUGUACUUUGUGUAAUAAGGUCUUGUAAAAAGCGUUCACCCUCUUCGGAUCGGAGCUUGUCAAGAUGGGGAGCUCCAAAAUAUUAUGAAAAUACGCAUUGAUAAUUUCGCUGGUUUUGCCGUAUUCUCCCUUGAGUAUGUUCUUCGCUCUCUCAUAGCCUUCGCUGUUGAGCGGCAAACCAGAAUGUUCCAGAAUGGAAGCAAGUUUUCGAACAACUCCUCAAACUUUGUGAUUGAAAGCUUUGGUAGCUUGAGCUUGAUGACUAGCUUCUUUUUCCUUUUGAUAUUCAAUUAUAGUUAGAUAUCAUGACCUCCUGACAUAAUAUCCGCCGAGCUACACAACUCGGUACUAAGUUAAAUUGGAAAAGAGCUAUUUCUUAUUAAUUAGCCAUCGCCGAACACAACAACUCAGUAGGUUAUUUAAUUUUGUUUGAUAUGGGACAAAAGCUUCUUGAUUCUUCGCAGCGAAUCCAUCAGCGAAGGAUAACGGCCUUGAAAAGCUUAGAUCAGGGAGGAGGUGGCUCUAUUGUUUUCAACCUAUGUCUGCCUGCCAGUGUGACGUCACAUAGUAAAUGGUUUUGAUACAACAAAAUUAAUUUAUCAAAACAUAUGAGGCACUGUGAUGCAGUGGUCAAGGAGUUGCUUGCACGUGCAGAUGAACCGGGCUCAACCCCUAUGAUCUUCGUGGCAACUACAUUCUUUCACUUAGUAAGCCUGAAACAACUACCAAUGGUCUUAACUCCUUCUCUUACUUUUCAGCUAAGCAGUGGAAUGCACUGCCGGACUUUUUUCGUACUAGUUUUUUUUGCAGACUCAACACAGACUUAACUCAACGUCACUUUAAUCAUCCUACCGCCGUUUCAGACCGCCUCUCUCUUCCAUAUCAUUCCAUCAAGGACAUAGAACUUAUUCUGUUAGAACUAAUUAAUUCAGACAGGCCCGCAAAGGAUUUUUAACUUCGAAAGGCAAAGCACUUGAACCCUAUGGGAUGAGCAGACGAGAUAAAAUUUAAUCUAUUGACACACAUUUUUAUAAUAACCUCUUUAUACAACUUUUCGUCUAUUGUAUUUCUCCACCAAUCACAUUUUAUUUUUAUAUUUGUGUUACUUUAAAUACUGUAACCGUUUAUUCUAUUCUCACUUAGCUUUUCUAGCCCCUGAUAAAGACUAGUUUUGUCUAGUCGAAAUAUUGGGCAAAUAAAUUUGUAAAUUAUCAACCCUUAGCUGUCCGAUCAGCCUUGACUUCAAUUUUAACUUGAGUAAGUUUUCGCUUCUGUCGCUGUAGUGUUGCAAAAGGCAUAAUUCACUAGAUAAGUGACGUUUUCUAUACUCUCGCCGUUGUGUUGCUUAAGAGCUCUAUAUUCAUUUCUACCAGAUCCUACAUCAACCCCAACACAAACAGCAGCACUAAGCUCAACCUUAACAGCAACACCAUCCGCAACAGCAACACCAACCGAAACACCAACUCCAAUAAGAAAACCGGCUCCAACACCAAAGGCAACACCAAAACCAAAAUUGCGCUGCCUUUUGUGCCAUUCGGAAAAUUCUUGGGAGCACUGUGACAAGGAAAGUAAGGUGGUUAAUUGUGCACCCGGUUUCGAUGACGCCUGUCUUACAAUGACACUGAAUGAAUGGGAAAAAAAGAAUGGAACCAAGACUGGCAAGGUACUCACACGCUACCUGAAAUACUGUGCCCAGCAUCAACAAUGUUCCGACGCUCAAUGCAAAGAAGUUGGAUCGCGAUGCACGGUGGAAUGUUGUACAGAAGACUUGUGUAAUUCAAAUGCAGCUGUUUUUGCAACAUCAUCACACCAUCACAACAUCAUCACACUCAUUCUGACCGCCAUCUCAGGUCUGGCAACUGUCGACGUACGUUAAGUUAACCUUAACCAUACCAUAAACAGAGUACUCGCGCACCUUAGUGGUGUACUUAUUUUGUUCUUGUUCACAAAAAGCUGGCAUAUAUAUAUAGGUCCUCAAACUUUCUUGAAAAUUUAAUCCCGGGCUAGCAGUUUUGGCUCACAGCAUCCUUAAAAAAAAUACAUCACCAUAAGGAGUAUAGAAUGUUAUAUUCGAGACUUUGCGAGACUGCGAUACCGUGGAUUUAAAAUUCCUAACCGAUACUUAAGCGUUUUUAUCAAAUCCGACACCGAGACUAAUUACUUCUAAAAAAUCCCGAGCCCGAUACUCUAAGUGCCGAAGAUUUCGAGGUAAUGGUGCAAAUAAAGCUAAAUGAAAUGUCGGAAAACGCCAAUAAAAGCGAGCGGUUUCACAUCAAUA